GAGCCUCGUGCGGUCUGCGUCGCCUAUUGGACAAAAAUCAAACAAGCUUUGCGUGAAUUCCCCGAAGCUUUACGGGUCACGCUAACCUGUUACAGCCAAACUUAAUUUGAUCCCCGUGUCUGCAGCCAGUGCAGUGUCUGUCCGUCUGCGCAGGCUGAGGCAAGUCUCCCCCCACAUCAUACCAGUAAUACUGCCCUCCCUCGCCGAUGCAUGCCAGCGCAUUUCGCCCAGUUCAAUAGGAUAACGAUUGUCAGUCUGGCAGACUCAAGUGGUCGGAUAUGACCACCUGCAGUCACCAUGAGCGUGAUAUUAUGUACAGCUGGUUAUGACCAUACAAUCAGGUUUUGGGAAGCUCUCUCAGGGAUAUGCUCGCGGACGAUCCAACACCCAGAAUCUCAAGUCAACCGACUAUGCAUCACACCGGACAAAAAGUACCUUGCCGCAGCGGGGCGGCAUAUGGUGCGGCUGUACGAUAUCAAAUCGACUAACCCGAACCCGAUUAUGCAAUUCGAGGGACAUACGAACAAUAUCACAGGAGUAGCCUUCCACUGUGAAGGCAAAUGGAUGGUGACGAGCUCGGAAGAUUCGACAGUCAGAGUAUGGGAUACGAGGUCCGGGCAGGUUCAGCGCAAUUACCAACACAGCCACCCUGUCAACGACGUGGUCAUUCAUCCCAACCAGGGAGAACUGGUCAGCUGUGACAGAGGCGGCAACAUUCGGAUCUGGGACCUGGGCGAGAGCAAAUGCACCCAUCAGCUCGUCCCUGUGGAGGACGUCUCGAUGGCCAGUGUUAGCGUGGCUAGCGAUGGUUCUCUGCUUGCUGCUGGCAAUAAUCUGGGCGACGUCUACAUCUGGCGAAUGUAUCAGAACCAAGAUUCCACCACUCUGUUACCAUGCCGCGUGUUCAAGGCUCACAAAGAUUACCUGACACGUCUGCUGCUGUCACCGGACAUCAGACUCCUUGCCACAUGCAGCGCAGACCACACCGUACGGAUUUGGAAGAUUGAUAUGAAUGAAGAACACCUGGAAGCCGUCCCCGGCUCGACAGGAGAUUCCUACCCUAGCGAUGAGCAGGUCAACAACGAUGGUGGAGUCAAUUGGCCACCCACAAACCAGCAGAACCAGAACAUGAAUGGCAACGGCCACGCCAAUGGCAACGGCAAUACUAGUACAAUCAACGGCACCACCAAUGACAGACCUAACUCGAAUUCAACAUCCAGUCCAAUCAUUUCAGGCGGCUUCAAUGCCGUUGCUAACCCCGACUCACGAUCUCACUCCCCGGGCGGCGGUUUCACCACACCCCCGAUGUCACCAGCGUCUUUCCGAACAUUGACCGAACUCAUCACCCAGCGGCGCCCUCUGCCCUGCGAUACCGUGCUUGACAAUCACCAGCGGUGGGUAUGGGACUGCGCGUUCAGCGCCGACUCGGCUUAUCUAGUCACCGUCUGUAGCGACCACUAUGCCCGUCUGUGGGAACUCGGCACCGCCAGCAUCAUCAGACAGUACAGUGGUCACCACCGUGGCGCCGUCUGCGUCGCUCUCAACGAUUACUCUAAUCCGCCGUAGAACGGCCCGGAUUGGGACCCCUCGGACUGGGAGCUGGGCUCAGGCAGCGCACUGUCCGUAGACAGCCAACAGAUGCAGUGAGCACAGCCAUGGGACACUGGCAGAGGGGAAUGACCAUUGCAUCAAUUGUGUGGUACCUACAUCCUAGAUUGGGCGAAAGUGGUACGGUUUUAUUGCCUUAAUUUUCGACGGAUACGAAAGAGAAAAUGGAUGCACUGUGACAGAAACUUGAACGGCCUUUUUGGAGCAGGGCGUUAGGCUGAAAGACGGAAACUUCAAGGGCCAAAUGAGACACGCGCUUGUAGUUGGUAGGGCAAUCUUUCUUCCUCGAUACAACGCUAUCCAAGCUUGUUUCGAUGCUUGGAACUACUAGUAGUAGUAGUAACCAUCGCUAUCCUUGCUAAAAACAUGAGAAGCAGUGACUGAGCAAGCUUGACGGAUUUGCCUUUCAUUUCUCCUCCUGGACCCUUUAUCCUCAUUCCCUUGUAGGGAGUCUGUACAAUCCACGUCCAUAUAGAUUACUCGGUCCCAACAACCGACCGUCAAGUUUAUCCCCACCUCUCGUACCAGCUUUUACCGUUUCGAGAGCUUGCUUACGAUUCAACGAUUCUGAGCACAAAGUUGACCACCACA